CAGCGGGCGUCCCCAGGCUGCAGAGGGGAGGAAACAGCACAAGACUUCUUCUGCAGCAGAAAUCUGGGCUCCCGGGUUAACGCGCCCUGCGGAGCCCCAGGCAAACUGCACAAAAGCAGCCGGAGGUGCGGCAGCACCUUACCGCUGAUAGGAUGUGGCAAAGGGGCAGAGGCCAGGCCCACGGUGACGGUGCAGACGACUCCCGGCACACUGGAAAGAGACCCUCCUGCUGGCCUUAUGGAAGCAAACUGCCCAGUUGUGAACCGUCUGUGAAGGGACACGAGGAUCCGUGUCCCACCGCCCGAGAAUGACUUCUGCCCACAGUCUGGGGGACCGUGGAAGCAGACUGCUCUCCAAAGGAACCUCUCAUGAGACCACAGCCCCAGCCUACACCUGGAGGGCAUCCCACGUGGGAGCAUCCUGGGGGGGCCUCCCUUCUGGGGAGGACAGCUCCCAGGAGUUAUGCUCCUGGGGUCAGCCCUGUGGAGGGACAUCCUCCUGUGGGCAUCCUCCAGGGGGUGGGUAGACUUCCUCCAGGAGAACAUCCUCUGGGAAGAGGGAUAUUCUGGAGGAGGGGGUUUCCAGCAGGUAGGCGUCUUCCUCUGGGGGGAGGUUGUCCUCAGGGGCAUUCUGGGGUGAUUCUCUGGGAUGAGCAUCCUCCAGGGACAUACCUGUAGAGCCGGUAUACUCCAGAGGGCAUCCUGGGGGAGGUGUCUUCUCCCAAAGGGAAGGGAUAUCGUGUAGGGGGGGGUCCUGGGGGGACACCCUGGGGGCAAUCCCAGCGAGAAAGGGGGCGGGCGUCCUCCGGAGUGACGUUCUCCGGGAGGGGCUGUGCUCGGAGCGUGGGGGGCCGUCUCGGGGCGGACGGCGCCGGCGGCCCCGCCCCCGGCCCCGCCCCUAUCCCGCCCCGGCCCCGCCCCCGGCCCUCCCCCGCGCUUCCUCCUUCGCUCACUUUCGCUUCCGCCGGAGCGCGGGGUCCCGCCGCCGCCCGAGCAUGGACGACCCGGACUGCGACUCGACCUGGGAGGAGGACGAGGACGAGGACGGCGAGGGCGCGAGCGCUGGGGGCGACGAGGACGGCGAGGCCGGCGCCCCAGGGGACGCGGACGCGGAGGACGAGGACGAGGACGAAGAGGACGCGCCGGCGGCGCGGCCCGGCGCGCUCCAGGCCAGGACAACGGGGUCCCGAAACUGGCGAGCCGCGCGCGACACACGCAGGUACCGGCACCACUACCCGGAUUUGAUAGAACGGGAUGGCAACGGUGACAUGCCAAACCUGAGUUUCUACAGAAACGAGAUCCGGUUCCUGCCCAACGGCUGUUUCAUUGAAGACAUUCUUCAGAACUGGAGGGAGGACUACGACGUCCUGGAAGAGAAUCACUCCUACAUCCAGUGGCUGUUUCCUCUGCGUGAACCUGGAGUGAACUGGCAUGCCAAGCCCCUCACGCUGCGGGAGGUUGAGGCAUUUAAAAGCUGCAAGGAGGUCAGGGAGCGGUUUGUGCAGGCCUACGAGCUCAUGCUGGGGUUCUACGGGAUCCAGCUAGAAGACAGGAGCUCGGGUCAGGUGCGCCGAGCACAGAACUACCAGAAGCGCUUCCAGAACCUCAACUGGCACAGCCACAACAACCUCCGCAUCACGCGCAUCCUCAAGUCCCUGGGCGAGCUGGGCCUGGAGCGCUACCAGGCGCCGCUGGCGCGCUUCUUCCUGGAGGAGACGCUGGUGCGCCAGGAGCUGCCGGCCGUGCGCCAGAGCGCCCUGGACUACUUCGUGUUCACCGUGCGCUGCCCGCGCCAGCGCCGCAAGCUGCUGCGCUUCGCCUGGGAGCACUUCCGGCCGCGCCGCAAGUUCGUGUGGGGGCCGCACGACAAGCUGCGGAGGCUGCGGCCGCCCCUGCCCGUGGGGGAGGGAGAGGGGGAGGGGAGCCCCGGGGCCCCGGACCCCCUCCCCGGGGCCGGCGCCUCGGGGGACCAGACCGGCGCGCCGGGGCGGGCCGGGGGCCAGGAAGGGGAGGCGGGGGGCCGUGGGGAGGGGGGCCCGGAGCCCCCGAGCCCCAAGGAGAACAAGAAGAGGAAGCUGGACGCCAGCCGGCGGGAGCGGGCCCCGGGGGAACGGGGCGGCCAGAGCGCCUCGGACGUGGAGAAGAUCGCCCUGAACCUGGAGGGCUGCGCCCUCAGCCAGGGCGGCCUGAGCGGGGGGACCCAGGAAUCGGGCAGCCGGGCCCCGGGGGAGGCCGAGCAGCCCUGCCCCCAGCCCCCCCCGGCGGCCAAGGUGGUGGAGGAGGUGAGGAAGAGAAGGAAGGUGGACCAGGGCCCCGGGAGCGGCGACUCGGUGGGUGCCGGUGGUGGGGCCGAGCCCCCAGCCCCCGCCCGGCGCUGCGCCCUGCCAGGGUGCCCCGAGGCCAGUAAUGGGGUGGAGGAGGCCGGUGGCCGGGCAGAGCUAGAGCAGGGUGCCCCUGGGAGCUCAGCCCCCGCGGGACCCUCGGUAGCUAGGGAAGCAGAGGCGGGGCCUGAGGCCAAACCCAGAAAGCCUUAAGGGAAAGGGCCGCCUGGGCAUCCUGCCCUCCGUCCUGCCGCGGGUCUGGGGAGCCACGUGGUCAGCUGUUGUCAGCACGGAGCAGUACUGGUCUGUCCCUCCUGGUCACCGCAGCCGUGGAAGGAGCAGAUCCCCGCUCUGGGAAGGCCAGGGACUUGGGGAUCCUUACCUCCAGCUCACUUCCUGCCUCCCUCCUCCAAGCCACCACCCCCCCCAUCUUUGUAAAUUGGCCCUCAAGGGUCUGGGGGGGGGGGUGGGAAUGGGGGCUCAUUUUCUUAGUCUGGUGCCGAAACCUUUUCUGAAUAAACUCAUUUGACUUUGA